AUGGUAAAUUCUAACGAAACAUGUAUGUUAACAAGGAAAUUCACAUUUGAUAAUAAAGUUGAUUCCCAGAAUAAUUUUGCAAAUAGCUUAAAUGGAGUAGAAAAUGAACCUAAAAGAAAGGAUGACAAAAAAUUCAAAUCACUCCGAAGUACACAUGUUUUUUUACUAGCUAUAUUGUUUGUUCUAUUUCAAAAUGGAUAUACAUAUGAAAAUGGAGUACAAGGGAGGAAUGAAGGGUCAAGACAAUUGGGUUAUUCGAAAUUCUUUAAAGAGGGAGAUAAAGAUAAUAAUAAUGUAAAAACAGAUCGAACUGAUGAUCCUGAUGAAGGGGAAAAAAGGAGGUCUCAUCAUAGGGGAUCAAGAAAUCAAAUGCGACAUCGUGAAGAAUACACUCGGGAUAUGGAUUCUUAUGAUCCUGCAAACAGAGGAGCCAGUGCGAGUAUGCAAAGGGACAUAGAAAACAGCAGAAGAAGAAAUAGAAAUAGAGAUAUGGAAAUGGACAUGGAUGAGGAAAAGGGAGCAAGAAGAAGAAAUAGAAAUAGAGAUAUGGAAAUGGACAUGGAUGAAGAGAAAGACAGAAGAAGAAAUAGAAAUAGAGAUAUGGAAAUGGACAUGGAUGAGGAAAAGGGAGCAAGAAGAAGAAAUAGAGAUAGAGAUAUGGAAAGGGACAUGGAUGAGGAAAAGGGAGGAAGAAGAAGAAAUAGAGAUAGAGAUAUGGAGAGGGACAUGGAUGAGGAAAAGGGAGCAAGAAGAAGAAAUAGAGAUAGAGAUAUGGAAAGGGACAUGGAUGAGGAAAAGGGAGGAAGAAGAAGAAAUAGAGAUAGAGAUAUGGAAAGGGACAUGGAUGAGGAAAAAGGAAGAAGAAGAAAUAGAAAUAGAGGAGGCAUAGAUGGAGAUGUAGACGGAGAAGAUGGUAGAGGAAUGGAUCAAGACAGAAGGAAAAAUAAAAAUAGAGAAAUGAAUAUGGAAGAAAUGCCAAGAGAACUGGGCCGAGAAGUAGGAAGAAUCAUGGAAGGAGGCAUGAAUAGGGAUAGAAGAAGAAAUGAUGAUAUCGAAAGAGAAGAUGGUAGAGAUAUGAGUGGAGAUAGAAAGAUGAGAAAGGGUAGAGAUAUGGAUGAAUUGAGGAAAAGAGGAAUGGACGAAGAUAUGGAAAGAGGUAAAAAGAGAAAUAAAAAUAUGGAAAUGAACGAUCCUAUGAUGGAUAAAAAUAAUAAAUGUAUGGAUAAAAAUCCAAAAUCACCUAAAAAUGCAAUGUCUGCUGAAGCUGAUGUGAAAAGUUUAGAAGGUUUGAAUAUUUCUGACCUUAAAUUCAACGUUUCUGAAGCUGAAAUAGCUCAACUAAUAGAUAAAUUAGAAGAAUAUGUAAAGUUUAAUGAUAUGUUCAUAUUAUUUAACUAUGUUAAUAAUAAUGAGAAAACGAAAUAUAUUAAAAUGCAACUAUCAAUCCUUAGACUUUGUGAAAAUUUAUCAAAAACAUAUAAAGUACCACACUAUUAUAAAACUAGACAGUGGUCUAAAGCAUUUCAAGGUAUGUCAGAUCAAUUACUACACAAUGAAAGAAAAUCAUAUAACAAAUUAUGCUCGUUCCUCCAAAAUGGAAACAGUUCUCAUAUAGCAUUUGUUGAGUUCUUGAAUGAGCUAAUAGGAAUAUGGACUAGUUUUACAAAGGAAAUGGAAAAAUAUUGGAAAGAAUAUUUAACAAAUAAAAUCAAAGUUUACUGGGAUAAUACAAAUGUAGAAAUGUAA